AGGAACUACUACGUAUAUAUUGUGGCAAGUGGCAACUACAUCAAAAUUGGUAAAAAAAAAAAAGGGACAAUGAUUAUUAUUUUCAUUAUUAAAUGAGAAGGGUUUAUUUAUUUUCAUCAAAUUGGAUAUAUAAUUUUAUUAUUGAUCCUAUAUUCUCUGUUGAAGUGAGUCAAAACUCCAGCAGUUGACACAUCAGCCAGAAGAUAAUAAAAAUGAAUCCCAGCAGCAAUAGUGGCGGUGGGACCGCCGGCCCAAGUUCCGGCGGCGGCGGGUUAAGACUAGGAGGAGGCCCUGGAGCUGGUGGUAGCGGUGGUGUUAGUGGCAGCUCGGUCGGAGGGGGAAGUAGAUCAUGGGCGUCAACAACAUCAGUAUCAACAUCAGGGAAGAGAAUACAGAGGGAAAUGGCGGAACUGAACAUGGACCCACCUCCUCAUUGUUCUGCUGGCCCCAAAGGCGACAAUCUUUAUCACUGGGUUGCUACUCUUCUUGGCCCCCAUGGCACGCCAUACGAUGGAGGCAUAUUUUUCCUUGACAUUACUUUUCCUAGCAAUUAUCCCUUUAAACCUCCAAAGGUCGUUUUUAAGACUCGAAUGUACCACUGCAAUGUUGAUUCUGCUGGCAAUGUGAGCUUGGACAUCCUGAAAGAUAACUGGAGCCCUGCUUUGACAAUCUCUAAGGUCCUGAUCGCGUUGGUUUCAAUCUUCACUACUCCCGAUGCCUAUAAACCCCUCGUUCCAGGUAUUGCUCAAUUAUACUUGACGGACAGAGAUAAGCACAAUGAGCUUGCUGCAGAGUGGACAGCGCGUUUUGCCAGGUGAAAGUGUGGUCGUUCAGGAUACAAAAGCAGAAGGAGAGACCGGUUAACCAAUUAUCUUUUGGGUUCGGAAAAACCUGAUCGCAGAAAGAGGUUUCACAAUUAGCAUAUUGUCCUUGCCAGAAUCAGUCUCCUUGGUCACCUAUUUGUUGCAAUGGAGCUAGGUUCCUACACCCCUGAAGGAAUAUAAAUUGUACAAGAGAUAUCUCUCGACGUAGGUAGUUGUAUCAUUAAAAUAGAUUUGCAUGUGUGCAAACUUCAAAUAUUGUAUGCUGUCAACGAUUUAUACUGUCCUGUUCUUUGUCUUUAUAAAUUACCUGGGCUUUGUUUCACAUCAUCGUAUGAGAUCCGCUAUUUGAAUCAUAUCUCGUGUUUCAAAACAAUAAAGGCCCCCUCCUGUAAGCAGAUUUGAUAGGUUGCAUGAGGGAAAUAGACGGAGAGGUGCAAUUAGCACAGUUC